AUGAAGCUGAGAUACAUUGAAGAGAACAAAGGUGAUUUACCCGCUCUCCAUUUCGCGGCACGGAUAAGCGAUGUUGACGUUUGUCGGCACCUCGUGGAGCAGGGCGCUGACGUCAACGAAAAAUGCAGCGCUCGAGGCGCCACUCCCCUGCACUACGCCGCCAUGAACGAAACCAACGGAUUAGAUCUGAUCAACUUCUUCAUUGAAAAAGGGUGCGACAUUGAUGGAGAAGAUGCUUGUCCUGAUCAAGCAAUCAGUUAUGCCCGCCGGUCGAUGUUCGAGAAAUUGUCGUUCAAGAUGAAGAGCCUUGACACAUGGAGCGAACACCCAAGUAAUUUUAGCAUGCUUGAAACGGCUUGCAAGUUUGGAGAUCUGGAGAUGUGCAAGUGGCUGCUGGAAGAUAUCAAAAUUGACGUCAACCAGUUCGAGGAUAAAGACUGGAAAGACCGCAUUCUUCAAACCGUUGCAGGGAACCACUCACACGCAGAAGAGUUGUUCAAGGGAUUUGCCGACACAAAGAUCAAAAUAGGAGGACAAAAUUUGCUGCAGUUUUGUGUGAACCGGAACCAUCUUGAUGCUGCGAAAAUCGUGCAUGGAAAAGACGGAGAACUCAUCAAUGAGAUCGAUGAACAGGGAGCGACGAUUCUCCAUCGCGCAGCGAGGCAUGGAAACGUCAGAAUGUGUCAGUGGCUGAUUGACCAGGGCCAAGACAUCAAGGCCUUAAACACAAAAACCCGUGCCAACUUCCUCCAUUAUGCUGCUCAGAACUCCGACGAUGGAGAAAACAUCAUCAAAACAUUUGGAAAGAACCUACGUGGAUACGUGAACCGAACCAACCGCCUCGUGGAGCAGGGCGCUGACGUGAACGAAAAAUGCAGCGCUCGAGGCGCCACUCCCCUGCACUACGCCGCCAUGAACAAAACCAACGGAUUAAGUCUGAUCAAGUACUUCAUUGAAAAAGGUCUCGACAUUGAAGUAGAAGAUGCUCAUCGAGAUCUAUUCAUUGCGCCAGAUCAACAAACGUCAAAGAAGAGGGAAAUAACAUAUGAUGAUCAUUACGAAAAAUUUUUAAAGUUGACGCUGAGAUACGUUGAAGAGAACAAAGGUGACUUACCCGCUCUCCAUUUCGCGGCUCGGGUGUUCGAUGUUGAUGUUUGUCGGCGCCUCGUGGAGCAGGGCGCUGACGUCAACGAAAAAUGCAGCGUUCGAGGCGCCACUCCCCUGCACUACGCCGCCUUGAACGAAGUCCACGGAUUAAGUCUGAUCGAUUACUUAUUCUAUGAAAAAGGGUGCGACAUUGAUGGAGAAGAUGCUCGUCCUGAUCAAGCAAUCGGUGAUGCCCGCCGCAUGCUUGAAACGGCUUGCCAGUGGGGAGAUCUGGAGAUGUGCAAGUGGCUGCUGGAAGAUGUCGAAAUUGACGUCAGCCAGUUCAAGGAUAAAGACUGGAAAGACCAGAUUCUUCAAACCGUUGCAGGGAACCAUUCACUUGAAACUAACGCAGAAGAGUUGUUCAAGGGAUUUGCUGACACAAAGAUCAAAAUAGGAGGACAAAAUUUGCUGCAGUUUUGUGUGAACCGGAACCAUCUUGAUGCUGCGAAAAUCGUGCAUGGAAAAGACGGAGAACUCAUCAAUGAGAUCGAUGAACAGGGAGCGACGAUUCUCCAUCGCGCAGCGAGGCAUGGAAACGUGAGAAUGUGUCAGUGGCUGAUUGACCAGGGCCAAGACAUCAAGGCCUUAAACACAAAAACCCGUGCCAACUUCCUCCAUUAUGCUGCUCAGAACUCCGUCGAUGGAGAAAACAUCAUCAAAAUAUUUGGAGAGAACCUUCGUGAAUACGUGAACGGAACCAACGUACAUGACUUACUUCCCCUUCAUUUGGCCUUGAUCAACAAACAAAGAAACUACAAAAGUGUUGUAGAGGCUUUGCUUGAAGUCGGUGCCGAUUUGAGUUUGAAAAUAAAAGGAUACAACUUGCUUCACUUCUGCAUCGCUUCCAAAAAGCUGGACUGUGCCAAAUUCGUGCACAACAAGAACAAAAAUCUGAUCAAGGAAAGGGCAUGGCGAGGAAAAACCACACUCCAAAUUGCUGCUGACUUCUAUGAUGAAGAAAUAUACGAAUGGCUUGUGGGAGAGGGCGACGGCGGCGUCAGGCAGGUGCCUCGUUGCAAUACUGGUGAUACUGGCUCGCCGCGGCUAAGUACCGCGCCGACGCGUCGUGCGCUCGACUUUUCGGGCGCCGUUUACGCGCGUCGCGACGCUACGUGGAAACUGAGAUACGUUGAAGAGAACAAAGGUGACUUACCCGCUCUCCAUUUCGCGGCACGGUUUUCCGAUGUUGACGUUUGUCGGCGCCUCGUCGAGCAGGGCGCUGACGUCAACGAAAAAUGCGGCGUUCGAGGCUCCACUCCCCUUCACUACGCCGCCAUGAACGAAACCAACGGAUUAGAUCUGAUCAACUACUUCCUUGAAAAUGGGUACGUCGUUGAUGUAGAUGCUCGUCGUGAGAAAGCAAUCGAGUAUGUCCGCAGCCGCAUGUCUUACGCGAAAGCGUUGUUCAAGAAUGAGAGCCGUGAGAUAUUGAGCGAACACCCAAGUCAAUUUAGCAUGCUUGAAUCGGCUUGCGAGUUUGGAAAUCUGAAUCUGUGCAAGUGGCUGCUGGAAGAUGUUGGAAUUGACGUCGACCAGUUCGAGGAUAAAGACUGGAAAGACAUCAUUCUUCAAACUGUUGCCAAGAACGACUCAUUUGACGACACUAGCGAUCAGAUCAUGUGGUUCACUGACGCAAAAGAGUUGUUCAAGGGAUUUGCCGACACAAAGAUCAAAACAGGAGGACAAAAUUUGCUGCAGUUUUGUGUGAACUGGAACAAUAUAUAUGCUGCGGAAAUCGUGCAUGGAAAAGACGGAGAACUCAUCAAUGAGAUCGAUGAAGACGGAGCGACGAUUCUCCAUCGCGCAGCGAGGCAUGGAGACGUCAGAAUGUGUGAGUGGCUGAUUGACCAGGGCCAAGACAUCAAGGCCUUAAACACAAAAACCCGUGCCAACUUCCUCCAUUAUGCUGCUCAGAACUCCAUCGAUGGAGAAAACAUCAUCAAAAAAUUUGGACAGAACCUUCGUGAAUACGUGAACGGAACCAACGUGCAUGACUUACGUCCCCUUCAUUUCGCCUUGAUGAGCAAACAAAGAAACUACAAAAGUGUUGCAGAGGCUUUGCUUGAAGUCGGUGCCGAUUUGAGUUUGAAAAUAACAAGAUACAACUUCCUUCACUUCUGCAUCGCUUUCAAAAAGUUGGACUCUGCCAAAUUCGUGCACGCCAAGGACAAAAAUCUGAUCAAGGAAAUGGUAAUGAGAGGAAAAACCACACUCCACCUUGCUGCUGACUUCUAUGAUAAAGAAAUAUACGAAUGGCUUGUGGAAGAGGGUGAGGAAGCCAAGAAGUUCCUCCGUGAUUUUUAG